AUGACAACAGGUAACGAAAGCAGAAUGUUACGGAAACUAUUAGAACUGACAACAGAAUCAACUGCCACGUCAACAGAAACUCCAGCAGAAAUCGAUAAUGGAUUUUUUGCCCAAGUCUCAACGUUCUAUGCAGACAAGAACAACAUGGCUAUGUUUCUAGUGUUGCCACUUAUUGUGUUGCUGUAUGGUGGUUGUAGCUCAAUUUACUGCAUCUCAAAAUGUCGGCGUUAUCUUCGAAAAAGAAAGCAUAAAAAAAUGGCGAAGUCUGAAGACGAAGAACGACUUACUGAAAAUGAGCCCAAUAAUUUAAACCAAGACAUGGGAACAGAUUUUCCCAAAGAUGACACGGAUAAAAAUAUCUCGGUAUUUACUACUGAUCGAACCACACCACUACCAUGGCAAGUUCCAGAAAAGACAACCACGGCUGUGGUCCACCAAUCAACACGAGGUGAAUCCGUAAUCAGUCCAUCAAAUAAAUCCAAACCGCCUACUUUUCCUCAGAAGAGACCGAGUAGCCGCGAUAACAGUAACUACGAAGAGCCGAUACCACUCCAAGUCAUUCCUAAUGAUGAGUACGAAAUACCGAAAAGAGAAUUACCAGAAGGACGACGACCAUAUUCCAAAGCCAGAUUCCCACCAAUUGACCAACCCAGUCCUGUUGGUCAGAUGGCACCAGUCAGACAAGUGCCGUCACCUUCAGAAAAACCAUUAAAUGUCGCCAAUCGCAACCUAAUAGAUGCUGCCCUGCGACCGUCUUCAAACGGAAGAGAAAGUGUCAGCACGAUUGCUAUGAAAGACGAACUUCUCGCCCGAUUUGAUGCCUUUUCAACGUUCGCUAUGGCCAAGAAAGCAGCUGAUAUUUUACGUGUCAAUUCUUUAGGAUCACAACCAAAGGAACACCACGGAAAACCCAAAAAUAAAUUGAUAUUUAUUGCAGAAUAA